CCGGCUAGCGCGGCCAUGGCCACUCCGCAGCAGCAGCCGCAGCCGCAGCCGCAGCCGUGCCAGCCAAAGCCCUCAGCUUGUCGCACUCCGUUGCUGCCGGAGUCGCCGCUGCAGGUGAAGGUGGUGGGGCUCUUCAAAAGCUCCAGCUUUCAGAUGUCAAAGACCAUCGCUGAGACUCUGAAACAUAAUUACCCAUCCAGAUUUGAAGAUCCCGUGAUAGUUCCUCUUCAAGAGUUUGCUUGGGAUCAGUAUCUACAGGAGAAAAAGAGGGAACUGAAGGGUGAAACCUGGGUAUAUUCCUCCUAUGUGAUGUGCUUUAUUAAUGAUCAACUGCUGGGUAACGCAUUUGACCUGAAGAAGUGGGCCCAGAAGGUGUGGGACGUGGUUGAUGUCCGACCCUCCGCACUGUAUGAAGCACUAACUUUGAAUUAUUCCACCAAGUUCUUAAAAGACACCAAGCAUGAUUUUGUGUUCUUGGACAUUUGUAUCAAUCUUUCUCCAAUUGGAAGACUGAUUUUUGAGCUAUAUUGUGAUACAUGUCCCAAAACAUGUAAAAAUUUUCAGGUCUUGUGCACAGGAACGGCAGGGUUUUCUGAGAGAGGCGUAAAGCUUCAUUACAAAGAUUCGAUUUUUCAUCGAGUAGUCCAGAAUGGUUGGAUACAAGGAGGAGAUAUAGUACAGGGAAGAGGAGAUGACGGGGAGUCUAUUUAUGGACCAAUAUUUGAAGAUGAAAACUUUUCAAUUCCUCAUAAUAAAAGAGGAGUUCUUGGAAUGGUCAAUAGAGGUCAUCAUACCAAUGGCUCACAAUUCUACGUCACACUGCAAGCAGCUCCCUAUCUGGAUAGAAAAUACGUGGCUUUCGGGCAACUAAUCGAAGGGACUGAAGUUCUUAGACAACUGGAAUUAGUCCCAACAGAGAAUGAGAGACCAACGCUUCUCUGCAGUAUUGCAGACAGUGGAAUUCUUUAUACCUGAUUUUCACAUCAGUCAAAUUUUCUGCCAUGAUUCAUUACUGUGCGUUUGAUCAGCUCUUUCUGUAUUUAAUUAAAUGGUGCUUGAUAACGUU